UCUUAUAACUGCAUCACUCGCAAUGGCAAUGCGGAUGGAUGCCAUGGCGAUUCUUUUGGGCCUUUGGCUGCUGAUUAUGUUUACUCUCAGUAGAAAAUGGAUGCUUUAGGCUUUAGUUUCCUUUACUACUGCUGAUGGGUUUUGCCAUUCCGGCACAGUAUCUUAAUUCGCUUGGAUGGUGGCCAUCAUAUUUUAACAAUUCGAAGACACUUUUCUGGAAUUCGAACGAUUUCCGCUUAAGAUUGCACAAAUUCUGCCAUCUAAUGAACAUGGCCCAUCCACCGAAACAAGAAAAAAUCACCCUCGACUUUGUGCUUCUGUUGGUGUUAUCCAGGCAGUGGUGGGCUUUCAGAAGAGAACGGAGAAGUGAAAAUAGUCCAGCAGGCAGCAAUGAAAGUGUGGUUCAUCUAGCUGAUCAUCCGAAUAUUGUAAAUCCCGUGCCAGAUUUCACCACAUAUGCUAAGAAUACUUUCGACACCUGCAGCCAGAUUUUGUUCAGCAGCUGGUUUUAUUGGUCGUUAAUGUCAGCAUUUUUUGCUGGAAUAAUGAGAACUUCAUUGUAUUCUUUCGGGUUUAUUUUGUGCGCCUCAGUGUUUCUUUGGGAGGGAAGCGACAUUUAUUUGAGGCCGCCCAAUAAAAUUUUAUUGAGGUGGAAUUGUUUUCUGGCCUACAAUAUAUUGGUGAUGAUCGCUCGUGCAACUAGCCAAGUUUUCGGAUGCGUUUCAACUGUGAAAUUUUUAAGUAAGUGUUUUGGGCAAAAAAUUAUACAUUUAUCUGCAAGUUUCCAACUGGGACUGUAUAUUUAUACAGUCCAUAUUCCAGGUGUUCCGAACCUGACCAGUUCAGCUUCUUGUACAAUUCACUAUGAGGCUCUGGGUAUUGGUUGGGACUGCGUUUCCUUCUUUUGCCUCAUUUGGCAGCAACGGAUCUUCAAAUCGUACUACUUUAUUCACUUGGUCACCGAUAUUAAAGCGCGAACUAUUCUGGCUAACAGAGAGGAAUGGGAAAAUAUCCCUCAGGAAGUAAUCAAUAAUUUGAAUAUUGGAAUGGAUAGACGUGUAAAGGCGUUGUUAAGAAGUAGAGGCUUAAAUACUGAAUAUUAA